GAUGCACGGGCGUUACCUUCCAAUUGCAACUUCAUACUUGCUCAACUGCUUACACUACCCACCUAGACUCAUAUAGCUAUUUUGAUAACUUCCUGCAAUCUGCAAUUCGUCUUAUCUGGAUUUUGAACAGGGCUCACAUUCCUCUUUCAAUUAUCAGGUAAUGAUAACCAGCUGUUAUUGAUAAUUUUCCGGUUUACCCGGUAUAUACACGAUUCGGGGAAAAUAUGCCACUAUCAAGAUAUCUCCCGUUUGCUUCAAGGACAACAGAUCUGCAAGCAGUGACCUAUCUCUUGGCCGUGUGUCUCUUUUCCAUCUCCUUUUUGGUAUUCCUCAAUAGCAGCGUAUCAUUCGUCAUAACUGAUCUUAUUGGAGUAAAAGAAGGCGUGGGGGAUUUGGUGGGAACUCUCGUACGACCCCCUGAUUGUCAAUUAUCUUUAAGAAUUGAAAAUACUUACGAAUUGGUUAGGGGUUUGUGGAUGAAGUCGUUGCUUUGCUAGCUUGUCCCGCGUGGGGAAUCCUCAGCGACAGACUCGGUGUUCGGGUGGUUUGCGUCCUAGGGUAUCUUAUUGUUGGUCUUGCGUUGAUCUUAUUCGUGCAAGCAAAGAAUGUAUUCCCACAGCUCUUGCUUGCGAGGUUGUUCUUCUCUGUGGGGGGAGCUGCUACGUGAGUCUAUUCCGAGCGACAUCAUAGGCGCAUGCUAACCGAAAUUGAAGUGCGACCAUGGUGACCGCAAUCCUACCUUCGAUGACAGCCCGAGAGGCCGAUGAUUCGGACAGUGCCCCUAUUUCGAGAUCAGCGUUGCCGGAAAACGUCCGCCAUAGCAUUGCGACUGAUUCGAUAGAUUCCGAGAUCACCAUAACACCUACCAAUUAUAAUGAUAGACGUGGGAAUCCCCCUGGCGACUAUUCAAAAGCCACGAAGCAAAAUGGAUCGAGCCCCCCGCGGUUAGCCGGCUUGGUCGGUGUAUUUACAGGCUGCGGGGCACUCGUGGCACUAAUAGCAUUCUUGCCAUUGCCAGCGCAAUUUUCACGGGUGGAAGGGGUUUCUCAAGGCCAGGCGGUGGCCGAUAGUUUCUACGUGGUUGGAUCUGUAUCACUUAUGGUGUCUUGCUUCUGCUUUUUUGGUCUUCGGGGCUUGGCAGGCGAGGAAGGUAAAGGGUGGCGCCUACUUCUCGGUAGACCAAUUGUUAAAGAUACUGUGGAUGGGGAUCACUCUCAUGGAGGACGAGAAGAUACGGAGAAGUUUCAGCCGUACUGGAAACUAAUCUCAGACUCAACGAUCCUAGGAUUUCAAGAUGCACAAAUUGGUCUUGGAUAUCUGGGAGGAUUUGUCGCACGUGCAUCAUCUGUUGGGAUAUCGCUUUUUAUUCCACUUUAUAUUAACUCAUAUUUCAUUGGCCAUGGGUUUUGCCAAGGAUCUCCGAACGAUCCAUCACCUGAACUUAAGAAAGAAUGUCGUAGGGCCUACGUUCUUGCGGCCGAAUUGACCGGAGCAUCCCAACUAAUCGCUUUGCUUUGUGCUCCGCUAUUUGGUUAUUUCUCAGAUCGCUACCGUCGUUUCAACGUACCACUUCUCACCGCGAGCGUUUUUGGUAUAAUUGGAUAUAUAGGUUUUGCCCAGCUUAAUAGCCCUGAACCACAAGAUAUUAAUGGUAGAGGAGGAAGUCCUAUAGUGUUUCUUCUGGUCGCUUUGAUUGGCAUCAGUCAGAUAGGAGCUGUAAGUCCCUUCAUGCAAAUCUUUUCCAGUCUUUAGACUUCCAAGCGAUUAUACAUGGGCUUUCGCAUCAGGAUGCAGUUAUGCUCCAAGCUAAUAUCUUGAAUAGAUUGUCUGUAGUCUUGGUUUACUAGGAAGAGGUGUUCUUGGUGAUGAAGGUGGUUACAAUUUAUCUUCUCAGCUUCAAGAAACAGCAAGCGAUGCGAAUUCAGACUUGCGCGAUACCACAGCUGAAAGAACACCACUCAUUUCAUCUCCAUCAAUACGUAAGACCUCAUCACGGAAUCACCUUAAAGGAUCUAUCGCUGGUGUCUACUCUUUAUCAGGGGGUGCCGCGAUUUUACUACUCACAAAAGUUGGCGGUUACCUUUUCGAUAAUCUUUCCACGGGUGCUCCAUUUUACAUGAUGGCAAUAUUUAAUGCGGUACUUCUAGUUAUCGGAGUUGGAACUGGAAUCUACCGCGAAGUCAUAACAGCUCCAAAGUAUCGAUGAGCUCACUACCUUGGUUUUCAACAUCAUUAUCUUCACUUCAGAUACGUUUCAUUAGAUCCCACUUGGAGUUUAAAGUUCUUGUAGAUUGUUAGGGCCACUGUUACUAUUGACCAAAAAAUAAUCGCAGAUAUUCUGGACUCUACUCCCAACGCCCGUCAAUCCAGCCCUCUAUCAACACCUCGAUUGGUAUGCCUUGCUCGAGCCUAUGCUGCAAAGCUGACAU